GAUGGACUCAAAAGGAGGCGUUUGGAAUUCGAUUCUUCCCCAACGGACUUCGUUCGAGCCGCAGACCAACUCACCAAAGACGAAAGUAUUCCACUUCAUGUGCGGACAAUUUUAGCUUUCCUGUUAGAGAGUAAAAAAGAAUUGGAGCUAGUCAGUCGAAGGAAUUGUGAGUUAUCAAAUAGAAUUGAUCUCAUGUCCAAGGAAAUUAAAUCUCUCAAUGAGGAGAAUUCUGCUUUGCGUAAAGCUCUUGAUAAUCUCAAAAAUUCUUCCUCAAACGUUCCUGUUUGUGAUGAAUCUCAAUCUUUGCCUCGUAAGCCUCACUCUUUGACGGAAUCGUCGUUAACAUAUGAUGAAGUUGAGCGAAGAAGGUCUCUUGUAGUAAUUGGUGUACCGGAAAGUCGUAGUCAAAAAUGCUCUGAUAAAGUUGCUCAUGAUCGUGUCUGCCUCCUUCAGUUAUUCGAUUAUCUUGCUAUCGAUUGUGCUCCUAUAUCAUUCUACCGCAUGGGGCGACCAAGCCCUCAUUUCAAUAGGCUAUUGAAGGUUGUAUUGCCCAGUUCGUUUUUCACGAAUUUAGUGCUGAGGCGGGCACCUCAACUCAAAUACUUCCCGUUUCAGAGGGGGGUCUUUAUAAGACCUUCCCUCUCCAAAGAGGAACGGGAACGUAUUCGGGCCCAGAGAGGUGCUCCCCUCAGCAAAAGAGUGAACGGUCAAUCUGGCUACUCAGUUGGCCAGACUUUUGCUUCCAGUGAUCACACGAAUUGUACGCCUGCAUUCAAUCAUAAUGUGGAUACCAUGCAUAUUUCGCCUAAUUCGCACAUGGUUCAGUUUGGUAACUACGGCAUUAUAGCUCUGACUGAGACAUGGCUCUCAGAAGUAAUUAGUAGUGAAUCCCUAUUCGGCCAACUUUGUACACAAUUUGUUAUUCUCAGAUGCGAUAGAUGCAAUAGACGUGGAGGAGGGGUUUCUUUAAUUGUUAAAAGGAUGUGCAAUCCGCGGUUGAUUUUCAGUGAGUCAGUUGUCGAAGCUUAUGAAGUCAUGUGUGUUGAUUUGGAUCUAGGCUAUUCUAGAAUUAGAAUUGUACUAGUUUACCGAUCUCCUUCGUGCGCAUCUUCCGCUUUCGAUCAGUUGUUAAAAGCUCUUGGAGAUUUGGUAGCUGAUAACAACAAAUUCCUUGUAAUUGGGGACUUCAACUUCCCGGAUAUUCUGUGGUCCCCUCAUAUGGACUCCAGACCCGCUAGCCUCAGUGCACGUCGAUUCGUCGAGCUGUGUGAAAAUCUUAAUCUGCAUCAGUUGGUCUCAAAGGGAACCCAUGGCACCAACAUUCUAGAUCUUGUUCUAACCAACAGUGAAGGUCUUGUUAGGGACGUUGCUGUCAAAGCACCCAUCGGAAAUAGCGACCAUGCCUCUGUCCAUUUUUGGAUUACGUCUCGAAUGGAAGAGAGUUCAGGCAUAUCCAUGAAGAGAAAUUUUAAGAAGGCCAACUUCGAUGACAUUUUAGCUUAUCUUAGCAACAUUGACUGGUUUGGUUCAUUGGCUACUGUGGAAACGGUCAAUGAAAAAUACGAGCUAUUCUUAUUUAUUCUUCACCACACUAUUCAGCUUUUUGUUCCUCUCGUAACGCAUAAAUCAAGACGGGUGGAACUACCCAGUCACAUUGAUAGACUAAACCGUAAAAAGAGUGUGGCAUGGGAGAAAGCUAGGGCAAGUGAUAGUCAGAACGAUUGGGAGGAUUAUAAAAAAGCCACUUCUUCUUUUGAAAAAAGUUUAAACAAGUUUUACAGAUACAUAGAGAAAAAGAUCAUUUAUUCCAAAAGUAAGAAUAACUUUUACAGAUUUCUCAAUUCUAAGCUCAGAAAAAGGAAGGAUGUUGGCUUUUUCCUCGACGAUCAAGGUUGCCCAAUAAAUGACGAUAAGGAAAAAGCUGAUAUUUUAGCAAAAAUUUUUCAAAACGCUUACUCAAAAGACGAUGACAGUGAAGCCCUUUUCGAUGAUGUUAGUUGGCUGAUGGAAGAAGUCCCUGCUGGAAAGCUGGAAGCAGUCAGGAAAGGAUUGUUAUAA